AAGGGAUUCAAGAAAUAUUGAAAACCAUCAAAGUAGUAUUAUUAUAACUAAGAAGCAGUUGAGAGAGAAAUAAGAAAAAAAAAAAAUAAUGGCAGAUACAAGAGAAACAGUAGUGAGAAGUGUUGCAGUUUGUGAUAACAGCUGUGGCUGCACAGUUCCUUGCGCUGGUGAUUCCACUUGCAGGUGCACAAAUAGUGAGGGUGGUGCAAAUAUCAACCACUCUACAUGUCCAUGUGGAGAACACUGUGAGUGUAACCCAUGUAGCUGUCCCAACACUGUUGUUGCUGGAACUGGUUGCAGAUGUGGCACAACCUGUACAUGUGCCUCUUGCCGCAGUUGAAAUGAGUCAAUGAGUUUGUGUGGUUUUGUACUUUCUCUAUUAGCCUCAUCCAUAUGUGAAAUGGUUUUUGUAGUUUCUAUAAUAAGCUAAGUAACCAUGGCAUUACUCAAUGUUAUGCCUAUGGUUUGUUGUUGUACUUGAAUAAUUGAAUAAGAAUACGUGGAUUUAGUUUUUAAUAA